AUGGUGCACAACGGUGCAGUCUACCUCGCGUCGCUCUUGCGCAACGUCAAUAUCACUGCGUCGUGGGCCGGUGAAUUUGAGAAUGCAUUUGCCUCCGACCUGCGGCAAUCGGUCGCAGGCCAAGCCUUUCUCAUGACCAUUUACCCGCCGUACCUCCCGAUAGACGACGAGGUCGCGUAUUGGUUGUCCAAGAACAUCACCUCGUACGUGCUCCAGUGGCAAAAUUACAAGUCGAUCGGAUUCACCAGCGCGUAUGCGAUUGUGAAUGCAUAUGGCGCGGCGCAUACCUUUGAGCUCGAGUCCACGGCCAGCUUUCUUCAAUGGGGACGUGAGACAUCGUCGAAGAUGUACUGGUCUUUGUUCAGUGAAUUUUGGAACCGACAGUCCAACUCUACUUACUUGAGCCGGCAGAGUCUCCUACGCGCCAGUAGUCGCUUUGCCUAUCAAAACAUUUCACUUCAAUGGCACAUGCUCGCUUUGAGUUACCUGCCGUCCCGGCCGUGGAGCCAAACCUACAGCCUCGUAAGUUCGCACCUUGGUCCAUUUGGGUCCAUCGAUAUGAUCUUCGUCCCGCCGCCCCCCGUGCUGCGUCGAGCGGUCGCUGCCUUUGAGCGCGUCAUGACAGACGCCCGACAAGCGCACACGACGGCCUACUUGGACAUCCCGGCAACGCACGUCGUGCAGCCUGCGCCACGAAAGUGGAAGCACGUGCUCUGGGCUGUGAGUGGCUCGCUAUUGUGCCCCGACCAGCCCGCCAUCGACCUCGUUCACCUCGAAACACUCACAGUCAGCGAGACGGCACUCGUGGACCUGCACCAUACGCGUCUGCUGGACCCGUCAGAUGCGAGCUUCGACUACUUUGCUUGGCUCUUCUUCUACGAUUGGGUGUAUGGGCGCCGGGAAGUCAUUUCUUUCCAAGGCGACCUUGGCUCGUUAACUGUCAUGGGCGACACGCUGCCCAACCGGAGUGACGCCGUGGAUGCCUCGCAGCUGCCUACGGUCUUUGCUCUCUACGCACGGCGCGCGGUACAGUACGUCACAAGCUCAAUCUUGGCGCUCGCGAUGCUCUCCCUUGUCUACUUGAUGUUGGUUCAAGGCGCGAUUGAAGGACGCAACCUUCUCAAGCUCAGUCGCGUCGGCGGCUUUGUCUGGGUCGGUCGGCCGCUCAUUGGUCUUCGCAGCAUCACUGCCCUCGGCCUUCUCUCGACAGCCUCGGUCGAGUUCGUGACGGACGGGCAACUGAGCUAUUUUGCCCCGCGACCGAUACCCUGGUACACGACCUGCCUCGCCGCCAACGAAGUCACGUGGCUGGUCAAUAUCGUCAGCGAUUUGGUGCUUCCGUGGACGCAGUGGCGAACACCCAAGUUUGCUCUCGCUCAUAGUCUGGUCGUGUGGCUCAUUUCGGCGCUGCUGGCCACGCUAGCCCCGGUGCAAGCAACGAUUUCGGCGGAUCCGACGUGUUCGUUUGUCACGCUCGACCGCCAAGUACAGUGUGUGAUGGGCACCGUCCACAUCGGCUCCGUGUCGCGGCUAUUGCUACUGAUUGGAGUCGUCGUUGGCUGCAACGGUGUCUGCUACGGCGUCGCUCGCCGGCUCUUUCCGCGCGAUACUGGCGUGCGGUCGUCCUCACUCCUGCUCUGCAGUGGUGCCACGUAUCUCUUCAAACACAACGACUGGAUCCAAGACGACGUGUACUACAUGGACCGUGCCUCGGCCGCACUGAACGGCCUCCUGAGUGUGCAGUGGCGCAGCGAUAGCUUCUAUGUGCUCGACGUCAAGAUACGGUCGAUCAUCCCAGCGCUCCUUAACGAAGACGGCAGCGUCCAUGACGGCGCGGCCGGCGCCGACAGCUCGGCCAAGUUUGUCAACGAGCUCGUGUGGUAUGCCAAGACCCUCAAGGCCGCCCGCGCCGCCGGCGCGCCUCAAUGCUCUCCAUCAUCACGAUCACCAUUAUGUGUCAAGAUGAUGCUCGCGAACCCCGGACACAAUCAAUAA